AUGCUAUUGUACGUUAAAGACACGAACGGUUUAGAAACUCAAGAUAAGAGUAUCCAGAUACUGUUGCUUCUCAUCUGCUUUUUAACAGGAGUAUUGUCUGAGAAUUGUGAUGACAACAAUAAAGAGCUAUGUACAUCAAAAAAUGAUGAGCAACAAUCUUUGAAAUCUGCAACUUCUAUUUAUGAUUUUCAUGCGCUUGAUAUCCAUGGAAAUGAUGUAGACUUGAAUAAAUAUCGUGGUUAUGUAUUAAUAAUUGUUAACGUUGCUAGCAACUGUGGAUUAACAGAUACCAACUAUAAACAACUUGUGCAAUUAUAUGAGAAGUAUAAGUCUGAAGGAUUGAGAAUUCUUGCGUUUCCAUCUAAUCAAUUUGGUGGCCAAGAACCAGGAACUUCUCAAGAAAUUCUUAACUUCGUUAAAAAAUAUAAUGUUACUUUUGAUAUGUUUGAAAAAGUAGAUGUCAAUGGAAAUAAUGCUCAUCCUCUGUGGAAAUGGCUGACUGAGUUGGGUGGAGAUAAAGGGGGAACCAUUAAAUGGAAUUUUACUAAGUUUAUCGUUGAUAAAAAAGGCAAUGUUGUAGCCAGAUUUGCUCCUAAUAAUGAACCAAUAGAAAUGGAACCUAUUUUAAACAAAUAUUUGUAA